AGAUUCAGGAAGUUCCUGUUUUGCUUGGGUUUUUCGAUUAUGAAAGAAGUGUGGCUUUAUCUACGUUGAACAAUGAGCCGAAUCUAUCACAAUACUUCCUUGCAAAAUAAACCUGUUCAUAAUGAGAAGAUCGGAAAAGCCUGGUCACCGUCCUCUUAUCAGAGUGGUCUAGGUGUAAUAUUAGAGGGAAGGUUGGUGGAUGUCUCACGCCAUGUUAUCACUGAUGUCAACAAUCAGAAGGAGCGAUUCUAUGUUUUAUACAUCAAACCCAGUCGAAUCCAUCAGAGGAAAUUUGAUGCUAAAGGGAUUGAGAUUGAACCAAACUUCAGUGACACCAAAAAAGUCAACACAGGUUAUCUCAUGUCAUCAUUCAAGGUGGAGGCUAAAGGAGAGACUGAUCGUCUCACUGAGGUACAGCUGGAACAACUAGUGACCAAGGAGGAUCUGGUGAAAGUGACAGGGAAACACUGUCCCAGUGGGACCAUAGCUUUCUGGUACCCAGAGAGUGAGAUGAACAAUAUUGAACUACAAAUAGGCCAGGACAUUCGACUGAAAACCAAAGGCAGUGGGCCAUUCAUUUUUUCCUUGGCCAAAAUUGAUGGAGGCACUGUGACUAAAUGCAAUUUUGCUGGAGACGUAAAUGCAGGAGCAUCCUGGACAGACAAAAUAAUGGCAAACAGCUCAAGUACCGACUGUGUGAAAAAGCCUGAUGGCCCAGGAGAGGGAGCAGAUGAGGAAGAAUGGGUUGAUUGAGGAAAUGAAUGGAAUUGAACAGUAAAAUCUCUUAUUCCUGAACGGUUUGACCUGCACAGUUCCAGCCUCCAUUGUGUUGUUGUCGCAGCAUAUGCAAGCUGAGGAGGAAGAGGGUGGUUUCAUUUUCCUCUUUUUAUUUGUUGAAAAAUGUUUAUUUUAUUUCUUUAAGCACUUGUAUCUUUUGGAUUUAUUUAGAUCAUCCAACAGGAAAUAUGAACAAUGUAAUAAACCCAAUGGAAAUGUAUUUGAUGUUGAGUCAUGCAAGUAAGUCAUCACUUCAGUGUGAGUGCAUAAGCAUUUAUAACUUUAAAUAUUACAGUUGUUUUCAAACAUGGAAUUUCAUUGCUAACUGAGCUGAUAGUGAUUCUAUUUAUAUAUUAUGUACAUAAAAAACAACAUAUUACACAUUCAUCCCACAAUGGGGUGUGGCGGGGGGGUUAAAGAAACUAAUACACUUGGAUACAAAUGUUUGUAUUUAUUGGAGAGUAGUAAUUUCAUUCACCCUGAAACAAUUGCCCAGAUUUAAUCUAGUCCUAGAAAUAACAUUUUCAAAUAGGAAAUCUACGUACAAUAUCCUGGCACAUAAUACAUAUUUGUACAAAUACAUUCUAUUAGGAGUCUUAACUAAAUCAUUUCUGUUGUUAGUUAACCAGAGAAAGUGCAAUAUUUGGAUAUGACUUUGCUAGUGUAAACCACAGGGCUUGACAUUGUCACCCGCCAAAUGCAGGUGGUAUUCGGCUGUGGCGGGUAACGCAACGUAACUCUUACUAGCCACUUUGACGGGUGGCAUUCUAUAUCUAUACUCAGGGUUUUUCCAGCUUUCAAAACUCAAACCAAAAUCUCGCAACGCCUAUGUGUGUUGGCAUGGUUAAACAUGAUUUUGUGUGGGAGAAUAGCCAUACUGUCAAUGAAAUCUGGCAACAUUGCAUACAGGACCACACCUGUCCUGACAUUGCAGAGAUGAGUAACGUCAGAAAUA